CUACAAUAAUAUAUUGUCUAAUCUCAAUACUUCCAAUUCAAUACAUUUACUACUCUUCUACAAUCAUGGCAGACCUCACUAUGAGCCGAGUCUCCUCGACGGACAACAAGUCCCAAUCAAGCAGCAUCCGCAGCAAGGCCUCUUCCAUCUCCGUUUCCCUCAAGAAAGGCUUCUCGUCCUUCAAGGCACAAUGGGGUCCCGGUUUGGCCGCAAAGGAGCACUGGGACGACGAGUACACCUUCCCUGCUGGACGUUGGGCUGGUCAGGGCCUCGACCCUAGGUAAGCACCGAGCGCAAUUAAACUAUUCUUUUAGCUGUAUCUAACUGUUUCACAG